AUGAAAUAAAAAAAAGGAUAUGUAAUGAGACAAUAGUACGUUUUGAAAGAAUUUUUACCUGCACUAAAAUCCUGUUUUUGUGGUCAAUAUGUGAAUCCUGACUAGGUUCUUGUCCUUUGUAAUUAAUGUGAAAAAGCAUUCCAUGUUGAAUGUUUGAUAAAUAAAUUAGAUUAUGGAGUAGUAAAUUGUGAUACAUGUAGAGAAUAAAUCAGUAAUAAUGUCAUUCCAGAACAUAUCAAAAAAAGUCUUCAUUCUAGAAAUACAAAUCAUAGUGACCAAAAGUAUUAUCAGAAUAAGAUAAAUGAAAGAUAAAAUUAUAUGUAAAUUGAAGAGGAAGGAGAAGAAGAAGUAGAAUUAAAUGAAGGGAAAAUAGAUCUCGAUAAAAUGGUAAAGAAAAUCAAAACUAAAGAAGGGUACUUGCAAAACUAAGUUCAUGUUAUAUAAUAAAAUAAUAUAUGUUAUGAGGAUUCAAAAAAAAAAUCAAUUUAUAAAGAGGUUCCAACAGCUAAAAUCACUACAAACGAAACAAUAAAAUAAACCUCUUAACCCUAUAAAAACAUUUCAAAUACUAGUAUUGAAAAGAUGAAAGCUUGGGUUGAGAGAUACAGAUAAAUGGAAUAAAAUUUAUCUAAUUUUGAAAAGAAAAGGUAAGAAGUGAGAGAGAAAUUUUUUUCAGUGAUAUUCUACGGGGUUGAGGAAUUAAAGGACAUGUGGCAUAAAUAAUAAAAUUCUAUUAGUCAAUAGGAAAAAGAAAUUAUUACUUUAUCUGAUACAUUGUUAUUUCAAUUCAUAAGAAAUUUGGCUUUAGAUAUAGAAGUGUUUGUUCAUAUUAAAUUGAAUGUGCAACACAAAGGAAGACUAGAAUCUCACUAUGUAGAUAGAUGCAAGUUAAUUUACUUACAUAUGAAGGAUGAUAAAAACUUCGAAUUAAGAAGGAAGGUUAUUUCUAAAGAAUUCAAAGCUUAAGAUCUUUGUACAAGAGAUGAAAGAGAACUGUAUAAUCCUGAAAAAAAGAGAUAGUUUCAAGAAAUAGCAAUGAGUGUGAUUGAGCUUAAUUAAAAGGACAAGGACGAUGAAGAAAAGAUCACUAAGGAUAUGGAAGAGGUUUCUUUUAAGGAAAACAAAUCCAUAAAUGAAGAGGUUUAAUUUUCAUAAAAUAUGAAUGAUUUGGGUUCUUCGAAAAACUCAAAAUUGAUGGAAUAUUCAGUUGAUAGAUCCUUAUCAAGAUUUAAGAGAAGAGUUUAAGAAGAAUUAAUUGAAACUGAAAGGCUCUAAAUUUUAGCUAGUUUAGAAUUAUAUCAACUUACAUGUUGA